GUCCACAUCAAAUUAGAUUUUAUCUACCGUGUUCACACGAUAAGAAAAUUGCUUAAUUGAAAAGAUAACAUUUCUUCGACAUGUUACAUACAAUCAAAUGUGGUUCAUUGAUUCUUAUCGAGGUUGCUCGACAUUAAACGAACCGUCUGUCGCAUCACUAGCCAACCAGAUUUCGUGCGUAAUGUCAUUGACUCCACAGUGAAGGCUCGGUUGUGGGGUGAGGUGUUAUUUCCCAAUUGCAUUUAAAAUGAACUUAUAGCAGACACUGCCCGUUAUUUGCCGCGAGCGAUCGAACAAAUAAUUUAACAGUACAUUAAGUUUAAUUACGCCCGUCGGCCGUGUUUACUAUUAGUUGUAAUUCAUCGCUACGAGUUGAUAGUUGAUAAAAUGGUGAUCCAAAAAAUAUGCUGUCUCGGUGCUGGCUACGUUGGAGGUCCUACGUGUAGUGUGAUCGCGUUGAAAUGUCCCAACAUCACUGUAACUGUAUGUGACAAGAGCGUGGAGAGAAUAAAUCAAUGGAAUUCAGAUAAAUUGCCAAUUUACGAACCGGGUUUGGAUGAAGUCGUGAAGCAAUGUAGGGGCAAAAAUCUAUUCUUCUCCACGGACAUUGCUAAAGGUAUUCGAGAAGCUGACUUAAUAUUUAUUUCUGUGAACACGCCGACUAAAACAAUAGGCAACGGAAAAGGCAGGGCUGCCGAUUUGAAGUACAUAGAAGGAGCUGCGCGAAUGAUCGCCGAUUUGGCAACAAGCAAUAAAAUCGUAGUCGAAAAGAGCACCGUGCCCGUAAAAGCUGCGGAAAUUAUUAUGAAAAUCCUUCGCGCUAACACUAAACCCGGUGUUGAGUAUCAAAUUCUGUCGAACCCUGAAUUUUUGGCUGAAGGAACGGCUAUAGUUGAUCUGGUGGAAGCGGAACGUGUUUUGAUUGGUGGUGAGGAUACCCCUGAGGGUCAGAAAGCAGUGCAGGAAUUGUGCUGGGUAUACGAACACUGGAUUCCAGCUAAAAACAUCUUAACAACAAACACAUGGAGUUCAGAGCUAUCUAAGCUGGCGGCAAAUGCAUUUUUGGCUCAAAGAAUUUCAAGUAUCAAUUCUCUCUCUGCUGUGUGUGAAGCCACGGGGGCAGAUGUAUCUGAGGUAGCUAGAGCAGUCGGCCGUGACUCAAGAAUAGGUCCAAAAUUCUUAGAAGCGUCCAUUGGUUUUGGGGGCAGUUGUUUCCAAAAAGACAUUCUUAACCUGAUCUAUUUAUCCGAAUGUUUGAACCUACCAGAAGUAGCAGCAUAUUGGCAGCAAGUUGUCAACUUAAAUGACUACCAGAAAACCCGCUUCACCAGAAAAGUUAUAGAAUCACUUUUUAACACUGUAUCAGAUAAGAAAAUAGCCAUCCUUGGUUUCUCCUUCAAGAAAAACACGGGAGACACUAGGGAGUCGCCAGCUAUUUACGUAUCAAGUACGCUCCUAGAUGAGGGAGCGAAACUGCACAUCUAUGACCCUAAAGUUGAAAUGGACCAGAUAUUUUACGAACUAACGCACCCCCAAGUGACAAAUGAGCCAGAACUAGUCCGUAAAAACAUUGAAAUCCACGACUCUGCGUAUUCAGCAGUGACGGGGGCGCACGCGUUAGUACUAUGUACUGAAUGGGACGAGUUUAAAGAACUUGACUUCAGAAGGAUCUACAACGCAAUGAUGAAGCCAGCGUAUAUAUUUGAUGGACGUAAGAUUCUGGAUCAUGAAGCCUUGUUGAACAUUGGAUUCCAUGUGCAGACGAUUGGCAAGAAAUUGUCGAGAACAGGCAGUAUUCGUGCACAGGGGAGCCAGACUUUGCCUUAAGUGAAAUUAGAAUCUACUCGGUGACUACAGAAGAAGUGAUCCAUUAAUGAUGUAGAUAGCCCCGGUUGCCAGUUUAAGUAUCUAACUUUAAUGUUGCAAGUUUCAAAAAGUGUGUUGAUGAAAAAUGCUUAAUUUCAAAAAGUUUUUAUAAUUAUUAAUGACUAGCUUUCCGCCCGCGGCUUCGCCCGCGUUUUCAAAGAAAAACCCGCAUAGUUCCCGUUCCCGAGGGAUUUCC